AUGACGACUCCUAAUCAACAACUAGUUGAUCUCGAUUGGAAAUUUGCAAUCAACGUCGCCAGUAGUGAACCCGAGGCCAACACGGGUGCGGCUCGACUUUAUUUAAAACUAACAACAAUGUCGAAUAAUGGUACCAAUCGCACAGACAUUCCUUUAAGUGUGACAUUGGAACAGUUCUAUGCUCUCGUUCACCAACUUGAAAAAGCAAAACUUGAAAUGGAUGUUUAUGCUUAA